CUCUCUUCGACCUGUCGCGUUCGGCUGUGAGUCCUGUCCUCCACAGUUACUUGCUGGCUCAUCGACCGACGCAAUUCGCCGUGGCUAGUCGCAUUGAUAUUUGAGAUCUAACAGAGCAGCAAUUGAGUGUCACAAACAGUCGAAAUGGCUUGCAGUCACAUUCGCGAGAUUGCCGGACUUCAGUCUCCAAGGCUCUCUCAGUCUGUACACAGGGAAGAAUGUACGCAGUGCUUCGACAACCAGGAUCAUCCACUGGGAGUCGAUGUUUGCUUGACGUGCUUUAACGGAGGAUGUCUUGGCCAAGACAGACAUCAUGCUCGAACGCAUGUCGAAAAGACCGGCCACUCCUUCACGCUGAAUGUCAAGAGGAAGUUGAAGCCCUCUGCGAACCGUGCUGAUGAAGAGGAACCUCCAACGAAGAUGAAGAAGCUCGCCAUUGUCGAGGACCGCGAAGAGGACAAGUACGAGCACAAGACCGUCCUCAAGUGCUGGAAGUGCGAUCCCGUGAACGGGCUUGAAAUUCCUGACGCGAUGGCUGACCCGCAUGUCAAGUCAUUGAGCGAUGGUGUUAUGCAGUCCCUCUCAUCUGCAAGGCAGUCCGAGGUCAAGGCCUGGGAGGAAGAGAUUACUCCUUGCGAGCAUACCUUGACGCUACAGCAGCAGGCGACUGGGCCGAUUCUUGCAUCAGGACUGGCACAUUGUUCCAAAUGCGACCUCAAGGAGAACUUGUGGCUAUGCUUGACAUGUGGUACCUUCGGUUGCGGCCGUCAGCAGUUUGGUGGUAUUGGAGGCAACGGUCACGGUCUGCAGCACUAUGAAGAGACGAAGCAUCCUGUUAGUGUCAAGCUUGGUACAAUCACGCCCGAGGGCAGUGCAGAUAUUUACUGCUAUACCUGUAACGAUGCCAAGACAGACCCAGAGUUGGCAGUGCAUCUCUCGACAUUCGGCAUUAAUGUCCAGACGCAGACAAAGACAGAAAAGUCAAUGACCGAGCUGCAAAUCGAACACAACCUCAAAUUUGACUUUUCACUCACAGAUGAAUCGGGCAAGGCUCUCGAGCCUGUCUUCGGACCUGGACUCACUGGUCUGUCCAACCUUGGCAACAGCUGUUACAUGGCGUCUGUCGUACAAACGCUCUUCUCUCUACCCGCUUUCCAACAGCGGUACUACCCUUCUGCCACCCAGCACUGGGCCACCUGCACGGAAUCGCUUCCAGCCAGCUGCGUCGACUGUCAGAUGCACAAACUUGCGGACGGCCUGCUUUCGGGGCGCUACUCGCACCCACGACCAACCACCACUGGUGCGCCCGAACCCAAGGCAACGAACCCGCUCGCGCACGACUCGCCCACCCCUGUCUUCCAGGAGGGCGUGCGCCCGAGCGGGUUCAAGGCGCUCAUCGGGAAGGGCCACGAGGAGUUCAGCACGAUGCGGCAGCAGGACUCGGAGGAGUUCCUCACGCACCUGCUCACUGUCCUCCGGCGACACUCAAAGAGGGCGGGUGGCACGCAGGGUGCAGAGCCAACUGAGUUGUUCGCGUUGGGCAUGGAGCAGCGUCUGCAGUGCGGCGAGUGCAAGCGGGUGCGGUACCGCGUAGAUGAGAUAGACGUUGUGAGCGUACCAGUGCCGGCGCGCGAGAAGGGGAAGGACGUGGAGGGGAAGACCCUGUACGCGGACACCCAGCUCUCCGAGUGCUUGGACAUCCUCACGGGGCCGGAGGCGCUCGAGUACACCUGCCCGGCGUGCCAGAAGAGCGUAAUUGCGACGAAGCGAUCGCGGUUCGCGACCUUCCCGCAAGUCCUCAUCGUCCACGCGAAGAAGUUCCAGCUCGUCAAUUGGGUGCCGUCGAAGCUCGACAUCCCAUUGAAUGUCUCCGACGAGCUGCAGCUCGAUAACUAUCUUGGGCGGGGACUGCAGCCUGGGGAAGUCGAACUGCCCAACGAUCAGCAAGCUUCCGCCCUUCCGCAGUUCAAUGAAGCGGCGAUGGCCCAGCUGGAAGGAAUGGGGUUCCCGGCCGUGCGGUGUCAGAAAGCACUCAUCGCCACCGGUAAUAGCGACGCGGAGGCCGCCAUGGAAUGGCUCUUCCAGCACAUGGAAGAUCCGGAUAUCGAUGCACCAAUCCAAGCUCCGGGAACUGGAAGUUCUGCUCCCGAGCCGCCGCAGGAGCAAAUAAGCAUGCUCGCCGAGAUGGGCUUCACUCAAGCCCAGGCCCGCAAGGCCCUGAGGGAAACGGGCGGGAACGCCGAGCGGGCUGUGGAAUGGCUCUUCUCCCACCCUGAUGACAAUGGCGAAGACGCACCGAGCACUUCGGCGGGGCCGUCGAAGACGGCCAGUCCAGGAGGCUCGGCGGAGUUGCCGGCGAAAUACAAGCUCAAGGCAUUCAUCUCGCACAAGGGCCCGUCCGUCCAUUCUGGGCACUACGUUGCGCACAUCCGGGUGAAGGACGAGCAAACCGGCGGAGAGAACUGGGUCCUGUUCAACGAUGAGAAGGUGGUCAAGGCUGAUGCUGAAAGCGUACGCGAGCUGAAGAAGCUGGCGUACUUGUACGUGUACGAGCGUGUGUAGAAUGGGUCGGAUGCAAAUA